GGCUUGCCAGAGAUAUUUAUUCCAGCGUCCGGACCCCCCCAGUCCACCCAUUGCCGUGGUUCCUUUUUUUUUUCUCUCUCUUUGGUCUCUCGCGCUGUCUAUCCGUCCAUACUACCUGCACUACACUAACCCAUCCUUCGAUGAGACGCCAGAAAAAGUCGCGAGUCCCCAUCCAUCCAUCCCAUCCCAAUUCCAGCUUUGCCCACACUCCCACGCCUGCUAGUCCUAGUAGGUCCAACUAGUCCCAGUCCCAGCCAAGCACACACGCCCCCCAUCGGCCAGCGAAGACCGACGGCAGAUUGUCGUCCACCAUGAGGGCUAGACCGCUUCCAGAGCACGGUCAGGCCUCAGGCGCAAGUAGCGGCGUGCCGCGCAGUACCUCCAAGGGCCGCCUGGCGUGUACCUCCAAGGGCCGAGUGAUCCUGGCCUCUGCAAAAGAGCGGCGCCGAAAGGGCUCUGGCGGCGGUGGAUACGACUGGUCAGGUCCCGGCGCAACCGAACCUGUCGACCGAUGCCGAUAUCCGACUUAACCCCCAAGCAUCAUAGCCAGACGCCUCUAGACUGCUUCGAGGCAAGGAAAAGCCUGUGCGCCCGGAGUAGCUGGGAAUCCAUUAUUCGCUCUGGGGGCCCAGAGCUCGUUUUUUUUUUCUCUCGUCUGUGUCUCGUCUCUCUGUCUCUCAGGCGGCGGGUCCCCCAGAAUCAGCACGUCGAAUCCCGGGACAGCCGGUUCGAGGAGAGGCAGAAACUUGUACGUAGGAAAUCCCGCAUCAAAAUCAUGGGUAAUCUUUUUUACUGGGCUCCCAAUUUCCUUGCCCAUUGCGCGCUUACCCGCAUCGACAGAGGGAACAGCGCAUCAUAAUACCUGCUGCAGCUACAAGCAGUCUAGCUAUGUACAUACAAUACGAUAACGCGCAAUGAUACCUGCGCACUCUCACUGACCGGAUUGAUGCUCGUCCAUGCCGGCAGCUGUGUCUGUGUCAGUGGUCGUUUCUUGGGGUCCCUUUUUUUUACAAGUAAUUCCCUCUUUUUGAUGGUGUUGGUUUUAACCAAGAGGCUGUUUCAAACGGUCUACUCCGUAGUGCUAGCAUAUUCCCACCCAGUAGACUACUCGACUACCUAGAUACAUGUAAUCAAAGCGCGUAUUGAAUGACACGGAGAGCACAGAAUAAGAAAGAAAAAAAGCUUCGCGAAACGCACUUUGUACGU